UCAGUGUGUUCAUUUACAACAUUUCCAAGUGAGUGUUCGUCGGAGCGAUAAGAGUGCACGGUAGUUUUGUCCAUGAAAAUGCAGUUUUUUUAAAAAGUUUUAGGUACAAUUAUGAUUAUUUAUUAAGUGAUAAUGCAUUGGCAGAUCUAUUGCUGCUUGUGAAGAGGCGGCGAAUCGCGCGGCAGUCGCGUGCUAGGAGAUUACUACCAAGUACGGGGGCGAUAGAAAUGGCGCGCAAAUGUUGCGUGAGAAAUUGCGAGUUAGAUGGCCAUGAAGUGCGUGCAGCAGGAUUGCCACUUCAUCGACUUCCCAAAGAUCCUAUUUUAAGAAGCAAGUGGUUAGAGAAUGGUGGCUUCGAGCCGGAUUUUAAGCCGAUACCCGGCCAAUUUAUUUGUCAUAGGCACUUUCGAAGAGCUGAUUACGAAAAAGUAAAAGGAACUAAACAUAAAUUUCAUCUCAAGAAAGGUUCAGUUCCUUCCAUUUUCGACAAUUACAACGACCAUCCCGAUCCUGUAAUUAUGCCCAUAAAGAUGUCUGCAGUUUCUUAUCCACAGGAAGAUCUGGAUCUUAUUAAAUCUAAAAUUACGGAUGCUGAUAAUGAUUCUAAUACAACCACUGAAGAUAUUAAGUGUGAAUUUGAUUCAGAAACGUUUGAUUCAAGUGUUAAUUCGUCGACCAAUGACUGCAUUGAUUCAUCGGAAGUAGUAGAAAGUGUGCAAAAUGACAAUAUCAAUCACAACAAUUGUGAUAGUAACAAUGGCACUGAGAAUAGUUUAAACAAUGAUACAACACUUGAAGAAAGUCAAGAUAAAGGUGCAGAAAAUGAUGAUGUUAAUCAUUCUUCGCCACCUGUAGCAUCAAGUAAUUUAGUUAAUAAUAAAAAAAAUAUUGAAAAUGGCAAUGCUUUAGUGACAGCUAAAAGUUUGGAUAAAAAAGUUACAUCUCCUGAUGGAAGUGGUUCAACAAAAGUUGUUAAUAAAAGUGGACUUAAAUUCUAUCCUGGUGCCAGAUUAGAAGCUAAAGAUUUUAAUGAAAAAUGGUAUGCAGCUCGAAUUGUUGAAACUGACUGGGUUGAACGGGAAGUGUUAAUACAUUUUGAUAAGUGGAGUUCAAGAUUCGAUGAAUGGAUACCAAUGGACAGUUCAAGAUUAAGAGUACUACAACUUUCAAAAUCUAGUGAACAAACGUGGACACCACCAUCACAUGAUUCAAAAAUGCGUGAAUUCUCUGUGGGGGAGAGGAUCCUUGCUACCUGGGCUGAUGGAAGAAAAUAUCCAGCCAAAGUGAAUGCAGUGUUGGGAAAUGAUAGGUAUGAUGUGCUUUUCGAUGAUGGAUAUGGAAAAAUUGUGCGUUCAUCAAAGAUGUCGAAGAUAGCAGCUACAACGAAAAAAGUUACAGAAAAAUCCAUGGAGAAAGAGUCUUACAUAGGAAGCAAACAAGAAAGAAGAGACAAAAAAAGAAAACAUACAGUAAUGGAAUUAUUUCAACAUAAAAGAAGAGCAAAAGCUGAUGGUGAAAAAAUGAAGAAAGAGGAAAAUAGUAAUAGUGAUGGAACCGAGCAUGUUAAUACUGAAAAUACUGACAAUCAUGAAGCUAAUAACAGUUUAUCUUCUGAAGCAUAUGGUGGCGAUGAUUCAGGUCCAGAAUGGGUUGAUGGAGAACCAAAAGGUACAGAAUCAUUUGUUGUUGAUGGCAAUGACGGAAUAAGACGUUCUAUAAUAAUCCAAGACAAAAAAUUAUCGCCAGAAUGGCAGAAACACUUUAUUCAAAGGAAGACCGGUAAUUCCGCUGGCAAGUGGGAUGUUGUUUUUCUUCAUAAAAUAACAGGAAGAAAAUUCCGUACACGAAAUGAUCUUAAAGUUUUCUUUGAAAGUCAAGGUCAGCCGGAUUUUGAUCUUGAAUCAUUUGACUUCUGUGUUCAUCGCAGAAAGAAGUCGAAACAAAAAUUAAAGGCAGAAACAUCAGGAGAAGCUCAAAAAAAGAUUAAAACGAUUCUACCAAAAAAUAAAAUGACUUCAGCUACCGAGAAUUUAUUGUUAAUUCCAACAUCAGUCUGUCCUGUUCCUGUAACAUCUACGAGUACUCCAGCUCCUGAAGACAAUGGAACCAUUUAUUCGGUUUUCAUUGGUGGAUUGCGUGUCGAAAUGGAGGACAGUGCUUAUAAAUGCCCUAAGGAAGGAUGUAAUAAAACCUUUCGUAAAGAAAAUCUUUUACAAAUGCACAUAAAACAUUACCAUCCAGAGUUCUCCAAAUAUUUGGGAUCAACCCCGAAUGUCGCAGAUUUAGCCUACGCUCGUACUAUUGGAGAGCCAGUGUUGGAUGUCACUCCAAGAAAAUCAAUAAACAGUCAUGCAGAAAAGAUAACGAAAUUUGACAAAAAGAAAAUGGGACAAGAUAAAAGUUUAUCUUCACAACUGACUAAUUCAGCCGUUAAUACCGCUGAUGGGUCUUCUCCUUUGUCAUCUGGUGUUAAUGUUGAUACGCAUACAGCAGAUCAGAUAAGUGGAUUGAAAGAGGAAACCAAGUUUGAUAUUGGAUCAGUAGAUUCUAAUGUUAGUUUAGAUGGUGAUGAUGAAAUUGGCAGAAAAUCUGAAAGCCUCUCCGCUAUGUCACCUGGAUCUCUAUUUGAUCUAAAAAUAAAAGAAGAAAAAACUCAAACUGGAAUUAAAACUUUACUUCCUUUGAGAUCAGCUUCUUCGACAGAUUCACAGAAAACACUUGAUAAAUUGAAAUCUAUCGAUGAUGCAUUACGAUCAGAAAAAAGUAAAGGCCAACGAAAACGUCAGUUGUCGGAAUAUAGUUCUGAUACUUCAGUUAAAAGCAAAAGAAGACAUGGCGUGAAAGAAGUAGAUGAUUAUGCAGAUCUAGAUGACAGUACUAUGGAUACUGAAGAACCUGUCACUUAUGUAUACAGGUUCAGUCGUCGAAAGAGCGAUGAAAACAGUCAGAGUGGUCAAUUAAAUGAUACAUUUUCUGGAAAAAGUGGUACUUCGAAGAUCAAAGAUGCUAGCAUUGAUCACGAAGAUGGAGAAGGUGUUAUGAUGGUGAUAAAUGGUGAACUGGUGAAGGUAGAACAAUUACGGCGUGAAGAAAUAAUAAAUUGUACCUGUGGUUUUAUGGAAGAAGAUGGACUCAUGAUUCAAUGUGAUUUAUGUCUCUGUUGGCAACAUGGUCAUUGUAACGCCAUUGAAAGAGAGAAAGAUGUUCCUGAAAAAUACAUUUGUUAUAUUUGUCGACAUCCAUUUCGCCAAAGGUCAUCUAAAAAAUAUACACAUGAUCAGGAUUGGAUUAAAGAAGGCAAAUUACAAAGCUUGUCAAAACGUACUAAAAAUCAAGCUGCUAUAAAUAAACGAAUGGCAAUGCUGAAAAGAUCAUAUGACUUAGUAGGUGCAUUACUCGAAAUUCGUCAAAUCCUUCACAGUUUGCGAGUCAAGAUAAAUGUAGCACAGAAAAAAGACCACCCGAAACUCUAUUUAUGGGCGAAGCAUUGGGAAAAAUCGGAAAUACCCGAACCUCAGAAAGAACCUGUAUCAGUAAUGGAGGUUGUGAAAUUAGAGCCCAAGCAGGAAGAGUCUAAGACCGAUGUUUAUGUUGGCUCGAACUCUGAAAUGUCUAUAGAAAAGAAGGAAAUGACUGAAGGAGAUUCAAUCAAUUCAGACACAGAAUUGAUGAAGAUUUUAGAAGAAGACAACACAAUUAUAGAUGAAUCAAAGAAUGUCAAAAAAGAUACUGAAGAGACAGAUACCGAGAAUGAUAAAACUUUAGAAGAAACUUCAGCAAAGUCUGUUUCUGAACAAGAGAAUACUAUUAAAUCUGAAUCUACCAGUGAAACUGAUAAAGAUGUAACUGAACCAGAAAGUGAUGGAACAUUACAAACGGAAUCUAAUGAUGUAGCUGAAAAAAAUGAAGAUGAACAGUAUAUUAAAGAAGAAUUAAAAUCACCUUCGCAAGAACCAUCAGUGCCUUUACAACCUGUUAUUCCAGAGCCGGAGGCUCCUAUUGAUCCAGCUGAAUGUCGUUUACGAUUAUUAGAACACAUUGAGCACUUUCAGAAUCAUAUUGACUCCCGUUUAACGACUAUCGAAGCUCAAGUUAGUGCUUUAGAAGCUAUGGAUCCGGACGAUGCUGCAUCGUUUUAUGCUGUUGAGCCUCGAACGAAAGAAACAAUUCAAAUGUUACUUCGAGAUCUCAGUACAAUAAGAAAACUUGCUUCUUUGUGUUGAGUUAAUGAUAGGACUUAAAAAUCAAUAAUUAUUUUCAAUAAUACCAUUCAUUUAGAAUUAUAUAAAUAUAUAUUUGUAUAUUCUUUAUUACUUAGAUAUUUUCAACUUAGUAUUUAUAAGUUAAAUCUAGGUAAAAGAAAACGUGAAUUAUUUCGUCUUUUGAUAUAUGAUUCAAUCAUCAUAAUUAUAAACAUAUUCUUCUGUAAAUUUAAUAUUGCCUUUUUAAUAACUCAGGUUAAGGUAGUCUGAUACGUAAUGUAAAUAUAAAUUACAAAAAGACUUUUGGGGAUUUUUAGAUUUAUGUUGAAUUGUAGUCCCGAUUAAAUCGAAACACUUUUUAUUGGAUGUCAAUUUAAAUUUAUUUUUUAGUCAUUUUUUAAACUAACAUUUAUAAUUCUCAUUUUAAAGAAAUAUUCAAAAAAAAUUUGCAAAAUAAAAUGAUGAAAAAAAUCUAAAUAUAUUUAAGCUUGGAUAUUUAUAAUUUUUUUACAUAGGUAAAAACUCAUCUCAUGUUGUUAUAUGAUUAAAAAAUAUUUACAAUUUUAUUGUACUAUAAAUAAGUAUUAAGUCAACAUUGUAAAAUUGUUUGGAGAUGAAGCUGAGUUUUAAAGUCAUAUGAGGAACUAUGUUAACUAUAAUCCACAUAAAUAAGUACUAUAAAUAACAAGGCAUAAUUUCAAUAAUUAUGUAAUAGAAAUUUCGUAUCUAUGUACAUAAGCUGAACUAUCAGGUUCAUUAAUAAAUGAAAAAAAAUUUUGCUUAAUUUUUCUAAGUUGAAAAUAAA